AUGUUAAAGCAUGCCACCAGUAACAGUGCCAUUGACUAUUGCUCCGGUUGCUCGUCAUUCCCCCACUGCUCNNNNUGCAUCGUGAUGGAGUAUUGCUCUUCGGGAGACCUAGGAGCUCACAUAAAGUGCUUAUGGGAGGGUGGAACGCCUCCCAGAAGGUUAGAGGACUUAGCCAUUGAUUGGCUCAUUCAGAUGUGCCUCGCACUGCAAGCUUUGCAUUCGCGCCGGGUACUUCACCGCGAUAUGAAGACCGGGAAUGUUUUCCUCCUACGUCCAGCUAGUGUGGGAGAGGGUAGCCUGGUUCUCAAGCUCGGGGACUUCGGUGUGAGCAAGAUGCUGGAGGAUCAUCCGGCGAACCCGAUGCACUCUAAAGUGGCCUUGGCCUCUACCAUGAUAGGGACGCCGGUAUACAUGUCCCCUGAGAUGUACAGGGGGAAGCCCUAUGGCUUCGAGGCCGACAUUUGGGGGCUCGGCUGUGUGCUGUACGAAGUGUUGCAUGGCCGAUACGCCUUUGAAGCUGACAGUCUGCAAGGACUGGCAUUGAAGAUCAUGAAAGGCCGGCAUGGGCCUGUCACCUGCAGUGAGGGCUUGAGAGAGCUCAUAGUGUCAAUGCUAUGUGAUAGACCCGAGGGGCGGCCGGCCCUGCAGGCGAUUCUUGCGCGCUCUAUUGUACGAUCGAGAAUCGCCCUCACUCUAGCUGGUGUUUGUUCGUGCAUCGAGUCGCACAUUGGUAGCAGGAUGGCCCAAGAGGCAUACAAGACCCUGCUGGCCCAGCUCGGGUACAUGGGGCUCCGAUGGGUUGUCGAGCCAGCCCCGGAGAGAUGCCUACCGAGAGUAACUACACAAGGCGCUGGUGAAGACUUCCCUGAGGUUGGGGGGAAGAGGUUGAAGAACUUACAGGGAGAGCUUCGUGUUUCGCCGAGGGCCACUUGGAGGGCCCACCCGGGAGGAUGCAGCGGGUGUGACUGA